CAUGGCAACGUUAUGCAUCAAUUCUUCUAAUAGUGAGAUGUCGGACGCGGAAGGUAGCAUACGAUUAUCACUUCCAAUGGCAGCAGCAGACGAUAUUGAAGACGCGACCAAGUUAUUUUCGCGCCCUGUGUGUUCCUUCACAUUAACCAGCCAAUCGCCAUUCGACAGGCUUAUUCUAGUUCUUCCAAACGUUACCGAUUCUCCCGACACCACGUGCGCAGAACGGUCCAAUUACGAUCGAGUAGAGCUCAGACUUUUGAACGGACCAAUCACAAACGAGGUCCAUCCAUCGGAGCCGUAUUGGAAUCUGUGCACGUCUGCGACGACGUCGUCAUCAUCGUUGUCGUCAUCGAGUGCUAACUGGACCAAUCAAACAGUGUUAACAGAAGAAUCCUUGUCAUUCCAAAGAAUUUUCGUCACUUCUGGGUCGAGUGUGGAUGUAUUCUUAGAUUUUUCCGCCGCUAUUGAUAGCAUUAUGGGAUACUCCAUGGACGAAUUAGACGGACGAGAUAGUAUUUCAAUUUUUUAUAAGUCUUUCAGUAGCAACGCACAGUUAGAGGAUGAUCUAUGUAUCCAAUGCACUUCAAACGAGUCGUGGGCCAGUGAAGCUGAAAUCUGCUCGGAUAUAUAUCUAAAUUGCUCCUAUCCAAUCUUGUCGCCUAGCAACGAAACACGUGACCAGAAAGUCAUCAUCAAUUGCAUUCCUCCAGAGAAGAAACCUCGUUCUGAGCUCUUCAGCAUCAUGAUGGCCGGAGCCAUCGUACUGACCAUCAUCUUCGUAUCAUUUCACUGUAGUCCCGGUAGCAGCUCCCCAUCACGCCGUCCCGCUGCCAUGGACAUCAUGCUACGAGACGAUAUCUCCCGAAGAGGCGGAGGCGGACUCGGGGGAGGUCGUGGUCCUUUCGGAAAUACAUCGUACAAGGUCAAAGCUCCUACGGUCGGCAAGGGACCCGUCAGUCAUGUAUGACGAAUACCCCCUCGAAGAUAGGGGCGUGGUUUAUUUAUUGAAGUCUGUUGUACCAUUCAUGCGCUAUGAGUCUGUGGGUUUUUUUUUUUUUUUAUCGUAUAUAAGCCAGCCGCCAACCUCAAACUGCAAAUCAAAGAGCGAGCAACGAUGAACUCAUUUAAUAUGCGAACACAGUAUCAGGCAGUAGGCCUAUAAGAAUUUAUUGAUUUUGAAAACAUCGCAAUUCCUAAAUAUACCUCAGUUGUAGUCUUGUAUUAUGUAAUGUCAAUCAUAACGCGUCACGUAUUGAUAACUCGUGAUUUGUUCGUGGAGCUCACCGCAUAACACGUAUUUAUUGUGUAUGGCGUUUCACCGUGACCUAAUGAUAUGUAAAAUACUAUACAUCUUUGUCAUUCAGGCUAUGCGGGCAUGUUUACUGACAUAUCAAAAUUUUAUGAAUAUUUUGUCAUGAUAAAAUGUGUUCUUGACAAUCUGAAACUAGCCAAAGAUUUUCAGACCGUUAUGCAGUCAGUCAUCAUGUUUUGAACAAAAUCUGAAUAUUUACUUAUUUAGAUUUUUUGUGGAAUAUUUCUCAACAAAGGUUGUUAUGGAAAAUAUAAAAGAUGGCAUGGGGCUUGAUGUCAUAUCAACGGGUGAUGUAUGCAAAGUGAUUUCAAGUUUUGUGGUCCAUUUAUUGAUGUAUAAAUUAAACUAUUCCUAUAUGAGGUCUUCACGGAAAGGCCUUUAAAUUAAAAAAUCAUUAUCUCAGUAAACCAGUCUCUUAUCCUAAUCCCUUUUUUAACGAAUGGAAAUAAUUCAGCCACUAUUGCUAAACAAAACACGAUGAAUGUGGUUAUAUGUUUUAUGUACAAAUCACAUGUUUUAAAUGUUACAUGGAGAGCAUCAUGUUCCAAGGCAAUAGUAUCAAUAAUAUACAGGGCAACCAAAUUGGUCGAGCGUCAUCUUUCGUUCUUCAGUUUGUAUACAUUAUACGCAUGGACAAAGCAAGUUCACUUCAAGGCAUACCUAAAUCCACUGACGUGAAACUUGCCUGGCAUAGCAUAUACCUCGUAACUCAAAUUCAUUUAUAUCACCCCCCCCCCCC